GAUCGGGAGCGUCCGUGCCUUGCGGGGUCCUGCCAGCCAAUAGGAGGGACGGUGCGGGCUCCUCGGGCUGGGUAAACGGGGCUCCCCCUGACACCGGGGACGCUCGCCCACUUUGGGCGUGCUUUGGGUAAUUGGACUUACGCCUCCACAUGGUGCCGGCCAGCGGCCGCAAAGCUGGGGCCGGCAUUGUCGACGCAAGGCAGAGCGGUGUUGCGGUGACAUGCAUCCGCCUCUUCCCCUCCUGCACUGAUCAGCGACCUUUCUUCCCUUCCUUUGUGCAACGAUGCACUUGCAAGAGCUGAAGGCGACCAAGUACACGCCCGUCUCGCCGUAUGGAUAUACGCCGGACGCCUGGGUCGGCAUCCUAUUCGUCGUCCUCUUUGCGCUGUCUACAAUAUGCCACCUAGUUCAGGCCAUUCAUUCCCGGCUGUGGUGGCUGAUCUUCACCGUAGUCCUUGCGGGUAUCAUGGAACUCAUCGGGCACGGUGCUCGCCUAUGGUCCUCCUAUAAUAUCCACAUCAACACUCCAUACCUCAUCCAGAUCGUGACUACGAUUCUAGCACCCACCCCGCUUGUCGCAGCAAGUUUCGUUAUGCUGGGUCAAGUCAUCCAUCGUCUUGGACAGCAAUAUAGCAGACUCAGCGCGAAGUGGUACACCAUUGUGUUUGUCACCUGUGAUGUUAUCGCCCUCAUUAUUCAAGCAUUGGGAGGCGCGAGUGCGGACGCGGCAGUGAAUCAGGACAAAAGCGCCAAGCCAGGCGGAAACACGAUGCUUGGUGGCAUCAUCUUCCAGAGCAUCGCCAUCACUUUCUACAUCGUGCUCGCGACGGAGUUCGUCCUCCGUUACCUCUACGACAAGCCCAUCGGCGGGCGCCCGAACGUGAAGACGGGAUAUGCGCUCGACUUCAAGACGAAGCAGAUGCUCUGCGCCCUGGCGUUCAGCAGCUUGUGCAUCUACGUUCGGUCAUGGUACCGUACUGUUGAGCUCGCCAACGGCUGGCAAGGCCACAUCAUCCGCACGCAACGCUACUUCGUGGUCAUGGACGCGCUCAUGAUCGUCUUCGCGAUGUGGAUCAUGAACAUCUGCCACCCCGGCCGUCUUCUGGGACCCGCCCCGGAGUGGAAGUUCAGCCAGCACGGCGCCGGUGCAAACGCGACUCGCACUUCAGAGGAGUCGUCGCAACAUGGAGACACCGAGAAACAGUGAAACGGCACGUCCUGCUUGAUAGCUGUUCUCCAGUAUAGACGUGUAUUCUGCGUAUUGAUUAGCGGAUCUGGACGGGUUACUAUACCACACUCAUGGAUGUGUCUGACAGUGGGGAGGGCAACGGACUGGGCUUUGCUUCGACUUUUCAUGACCUACUACUCUAUUGACGAACUAUCGUGAGCUCUCUAAUAUAGACCACAUUACAGUGCACGACCAAUGGUCUAGUGCCAGCGAACC